GCAGAAAGACCGGAGAGAUGACAACAUUGUUGACACUUCCUUUUAUUUGAAUUAACUCCUCCUUAGAAAGCUUCUGUAUAUUAACAGCUAACAAACUUUUUUUCCCCCUUUAUUUAUAUUUUGUGUAUGUUCUGUGCUGAGCUGAGAUGCAGUGUUAUAAAAGGAAAUAGAUUUAUGGACAUAGAUACACUUGUGAAGUUUCCUUUUUACAGACAUGAGAACUGACGGACAACUCACUUAUAUAGAGACAAAAGAUGUGCUACAGUUCUCGUGUUGUUGUGGGGGCGGACAUCUUACAGCUUCAGUCUGCAGACAAGAGUUCCAGAAGUGUCACUGGUUGGUUUUGCAGACGUACUCUCUAGCCUGUACACUGCCAGAACAGAAGAGAUCUCAUGUAAAGGAUUUUAAUUUGGUUGCAAUAAUUGGGAUAAAAUGAGUCGGAGGAGGGGAUCUGACCAAAGGGCUCUCCCUGAAUAUGAGAAAAGUCAAAUCAAAAGAACCCUGGAACUUGGGACAGUAAUGACAGUAUACAAUUAUAAAAAGUCUCAAUCGGAACGGAGGACCAUCCAAAUCAUAAUGGAGACAUAUCAAGUGGCUUGGAGUAAGACAGCAGACAAGAUUGAAGGAUUCUUGGACCUUGUGGAAAUUAAGGAAAUCCGUGCAGGAAAAAAUGCAAAGGACUUUGAGCGUGGUCGAGCUUCCCGUUUGAAAGAAGAAUGUUGCUUUACCAUUUUUUAUGGAAAUCAGUUUGUACUGAACACUUUGAGUUUAGAAGCCGAUUCUGUUGAAGAUGUAGAAAAAUGGCGCAGUGGUUUGGAUAUCCUACUUGAAGAAGUUGAGAUUGCUCCAACACCAGCAAUUAUAGAAAGUUGGCUGAGGAAGCAGAUUUAUGCUGUGGAUCAGACUAGAAAAAACAGUAUUAGUGUUCGAGAGCUAAAGACAAUACUUCCAUCUGUCAACUUCAAAGUUAGCAGCGCAAAAUCCUUAAAGGACAAGUUAGUGGAAAUUGGAGUUCCAAAAGACGAACUUAGCUUUGAACACUUUCAUUUAUUUUACAAACGACUGAUGUAUGAGCAGCAGAAGUCAAUUCUAGAUGAAUUCAGAAAAGAUUCUUCUGUGUUUAUUUUGGGAAAUGUUGAUCGCCCGGAUGCAUCGGCUGUUCAUCUACACGAUUUUCAACGGUUUUUACUCCAUGAACAGCAGGAGUCCUUUGCUAAUGAUCUUAACAAGGUUCGCGAACGGAUGACCAAGUUUAUUGAUGACACUAUGAGGGAGACAGCAGAACCCUUCCUUUAUGUGGAUGAGUUUCUAACCUACCUAUUUUCAAAAGAAAAUAGCAUCUGGGAUGAAAAAUAUGAUGAGAUUUCUGUGCAGGAUAUGAAUAAUCCCCUAUCUCAUUAUUGGAUAGCUUCCUCACAUAACACAUACUUAACAGGAGACCAACUGCGAAGUGAAUCUUCUACAGAGGCGUAUGUAAGAUGUCUGCGCAUGGGCUGCCGGUGUAUUGAAUUGGACUGCUGGGACGGUCCUGACGGGAAGCCAAUUAUUUAUCAUGGAUGGACAAGAACAACAAAAAUUAAGUUUGAUGAUGUGGUGCAAGCUAUUCGAGACCAUGCAUUUGCUACAUCUGAGUAUCCAGUAAUUCUUUCAAUUGAAGAACACUGUACAAUUGAACAGCAGCGCUACAUGGCUAAAGUCUUCAAAAAAGUCUUUGGAGAUCUUCUCUUAAGUAAACCAAUAGAAGCUAGUGCAGAUCAAUUGCCUUCCCCAACACAGUUAAAGGAAAGAAUCAUUAUUAAGCACAAAAAACUGGGACCAAAAGGGGACUUUGUCAUCAAUGCAGAUGAUCAUAAAGAAGAAAAGAAAUUACAAGGGGAGCUAUAUAUGUGGGAUCCCAUUGAUCAGAAAUGGUCUUCACGUUACUGCGCAAUAGCUGUUGACAAAUUGUCAUAUGGUGAUGAAAUUGAACAGGAUGACUCUUCAAUACCAAAGAAAACCAAAGAUCUUCAUUUGCAAGAGAAAUGGUUUCAUGGCCGAAUGAGGGAGGGAAGGAUCAUGGCAGAACGAUUGCUCCAGGAGUACUGUGCAGAAAUGGGAGGCAAAGAUGGCACAUUUUUAGUGCGACAAAGCGAAACUUACUGGGAUAACUACACACUCUCUUUCUGGAGAUCUGGCAGGGUUCAACACUGUCUCAUCCGGUCCUGUGAAGAUGGUGGCACAGUCAAAUACUACUUGACCGACAAUCUAACCUUCAAUAGUAUCUAUGAUCUAAUACAACACUACAGGGAGUCAACUUUGCGCUGCGCUGAGUUUGAGCUGCGUUUAACAGAUGCGGUUCCAAAUCCCAACCCUCAUGAAUCAAAAAAUUGGUACUAUGAUAAUUUGAGUCGUGGAGAAGCUGAAGAUAUGCUAAUGAGAAUUCCUCGGGAUGGAGCCUUUUUAAUACGCAAGAGAGAAGAAAAACCUAAUUCCUAUGCCAUGACUUUCAGGGCCGAAGGGAAAGUAAAACACUGUCGAAUCCAAAAAGAUGGUUGUCUGUAUGUGCUGGGAACAUCUGCGUACUUUGAAAACCUUGUGGAACUUGUUAAUUACUAUGAGAAGCAUCCUCUGUACAGGAAAAUGAAGCUACGUUACCCAGUGACAGAAGAGCUACUAAGUAGAUUCACAGCAGAGAAAGACUUCAAUUCAAUUUAUGAUGUGAAGUUAUAUGUAGAUCCAGAGGAAAUAUCACCAGCAAUGCCUCAAGGAACAGUGAAAGCUUUGUAUAACUACACAGCUACUAGAGCAGAUGAACUUAGUUUCUGCACAGGAGACCAUAUUUAUAAUGUCACAAAAGUCUCUGAAGGAUGGUGGAAGGGAGAUUGUGGAGAUAAAAUACAGCACUACUUUCCCUCAAAUUAUGUUGAAGACAUAUCGAUGAAUGAGUCACAGAUGUUUGCAAACCAGAUCUUUGAAGAUAAUCCUUUGGGCUCCAUGUGCAGAGGAAUGUUAGAUUUAGAGUCAUAUAAUAUUAAGAAAUUGCCACACGGAAAGCAAGACAAACAGUUGGUCUUUUCACUGGAACCAAAAAAUCCUGAGGAUCCACUGGUGGAUUUCGCUACUGAAAAAAUUGAAGAUCUGUUUGAAUGGUACCAAUGUAUUCACCAGAUAGAGCAACAAAAGGGAGCAGAGAUCUUUGUGCUAAGUAACCUGGAGAAGAAUCAGCUCAUUGCCCGAGAAAUGUCAGACUUGGUCAUCUACUGCAAACCUACAAGUGAAGCAAAGGACAAUUUAGAAAGAGCAGAUUUUCGAGAAAUACGAUCUUUUGUUGAGAAUAAAGCAGAAAGCAUUGCCAGGCAGAAACCCAAUGAACUGUUGCAAUACAAUCGUAAGGCACUAACCAGAAUCUACCCUAAAGGGCAGAGAGUUGACUCUUCAAAUUAUGACCCAUUGCGCCUCUGGCUGUGUGGAGCUCAAAUGGUAGCUCUCAACUACCAGACUCCAGAUAGAUACAUGCAGAUAAAUAAUGCUAUGUUCGCCUACAAUGGGCGUUGUGGCUACAUCCUGCAGCCUGAGUGUAUGAGGCAGGAUUUUUAUGACCCCAGUGAUUCAAAAAAGCAGCUGCAAAUGAUUUUGACCAUAAAGAUAAUAGGUGCUCGUCAUUUACCCAAACCAGGUCGAGGUAUUGCAUGCCCUUUUGUUGAGGUAGAGAUAUGUGGCGGAGAGUGGGACAAUAGUAAACUGAAAACAAGUGUUGUGAAUGACAAUGGUCUGAAUCCUGUGUGGACACCAUUUCAGCAGCAAAUGAUAUUUGAAAUACAUGAGCCUGACAUUGCAUUUCUUAGGUUUGUUAUGUAUGAGGAGGAUAUGUUCAGUGACCCAAAUUUCAUGGCUCAGUGUACCCUUCCCAUUAAAGGAUUAAAACCAGGUUACCGAUCAGUCCCACUUAAAAAUGGUUACAGUGAAAGCAUAGAGCUUGCCUCCCUUCUGGUUCACUGUCAAAUACAGAAAAACUUGGAUAAUGAAGAAGGACUCUACUCCUCAACACGUCAGUUAAGAAAGAAACAGACAGACCAUGAAGUGUUUCUUUAUGAUACUCAGCAGAACAUGAGAAACCCCAGCCGUGAUGCAUUGUUAAAGCAGUUUAAUGUGAAUGACAGCAAAGGGAGUCCUAACUUGGAUCCCAGCAAUAAAAGAUUGAUGGCGAAACAAGUCAGUAACAGCAAAUUCUACUCAUAACGAAGCUGGCACUUGUUUUAUUUAAUAACUACCAUAAAGAUUGUAUUUUCUGGACCUUGUAUUUGUGAUUCCAGCAAGAAGGAAUGGUUUCUGUAGUCUUAGGAAUUAACCUUAUUGACAAUGAUAAUAAUACAUAUUACUAUGGAUUGACUGGACACCGUAUUGAAUCCAGGAAUAUUUUACUGCCAGAUAUAUACGAAGGAGUAAGUGAAGACAUAAUUGAGGAUUUCUCUCCCUGAACAUGAAAACUCUAAAGACCAUAGAAUAAUUUGAUUUUUUGAGCUGUGUUGUUCUACAUAUCUUCAGGAGGAUCAUGUGACUUCAUUUAAACAUUUAGUCUAAAAAUGCAACAGAAACAAAAUGUCUUGUAACUAUUAAUAACUCAGAAGAUCCUGGAUUGUGGAUACACUGUCUUCCCUAUUAUUUUUACAAUUGAAUUGUGGAAUUAAGAAGAAUGACUCUGCAACCAAAUAUCAAGUGGGUUCAAUGAAGCCAUUUGUUAAAAUACUGUUUCUUAAAGGUGCAGAUGGCUUCAAAAUAUGUUUUGGGGACAUUGAUAGGGGAGUGUAAAAUGACUGCAGUCAAAAUAGUUACAAAAACACAAACCUGAUAUAAAAGUACACUGCAUUUUUGUCAUAGAGGAUUAAAUCCUUUGCUGAACAAAUGGGGUUGCCACUUGCCACCAAGCCUUUACUAAAUAAAGCCCCUGUUAUGGUAAACAUUCUAUAGAUAUGUUAGAAUCUAAUUUGAAAUAAACAAUCCUUUAAAACCA